AUGAUGGAUGUGGAUAUUUCUCAUGCUUUCAGACGACCCGGAAACAAACGUCAGAUUUCGACGGAUGCUUUCCAGACGAUAUCUUGGACUCUCUCAUUUGUUGGGCUGAAAACCCGUCUGACUGUGACGCCCAGAGCAAACGUGUCCGUAAUUGUUUCGUCCGGCAACCGAGAAAAAUUGGGAACGGCUAGCCUGGUGCACCAUGUUAUGCUGGAAUACAGGGAGCGGAAAGAGCAUUGUGUCGGUAAAGGGUCGUCCUGCUUCUGUUUUUCAUCUAAUUUUAUCCCGAGAUCCAUCAUGUCGGACACUGCUGCAUUUUUCGCCAACAAGAAGAAGAAGAAAAAGGCCUUCAAGUUCAACGCAAACUUGGUCGACGCAUCCUCCGUUGCAGCGACAGCUCAUAUAGACGCUCCUGCACUUUCUACCGAUCACGAUCCGAACGAUGCUCCGGCGCACCGCGCUUCGGAAGCAUCCUCGGCCUCGGCUCCGGCAGCCGCGGCGGAGCAGUGGGAUGACGAAGCACUCGCAGUAUCUAUCGGUACUCGCAAAGCGAGUACGGCGGCCGCAUCCACCAGUGGUGCCGAAGUCCUCGACAUGAAAUCGCUCGAAAUAUCCCGCAAGGACGACCACAAUAUUGCCGAAAAGCUGCGUGUCCAGGAAACCAAGGCACAGCUGGCAGCGGCACGGGAAGGUAUGGAGCGACAGGCAGCGAAAUUGAAAGAGGAAAAGGAAAUGAAAGAAGCGAAAAAAACGGCGGUGGCCCCGCGAUUUACCGCUGCGGCUGGCCGCAGUGGCGGUACCUGGGUAGCACCCCACUUACGUGCCGGUGCGGGUGGCUCAUUGGCGCGACGACUUGGCGGGUCCACCGGGGUAUUAGGUCAAAAGCUAGAUGUUCAAGAUGAGCAACUCUUUCCAGACUUGGCAGCGGCAGGAAAAAUUCUGGAGCAAAAGGAAAAAGAGCAACAACACUUAAAGGCGCCGAAGAAAACGCCUGUUGGUGGAGGCGCCACUUGGGCUUCAAAGAAAGCGCUGCCGAAGAAGGAAGAGAGUAAGGACGAUCCAGGAUCUCACAGUCAAUCAAAUUCAGAAGUACCGGAGCCCCAAGUCAAGCCUGUCCCUACUGCAACUCCAGUUGUGAAGCCCGUGGUGUCGAAGCCAACAAAGGAGAAAAAGAAGAAGAAAGACUUGUCAACUUUCAAACCUACUUCUUCCUAA